GCAUUCAAGUGUGCUUCUGACGACAAACUUCAGCAAGCCAUCUACUGACCACAUGAUGCCCUGAGCCCCUCGCUUCCCCCAUUUUCUGAGCAGUGUGAGAAAAGAACCAAGAAGCUGAAGACGGAAGCAGAGAAAUGCCAAGAAAAGCAGAAGAAGGAGACAGGGUCAGCGGGCCCUGGGCGAGAAGGCUCCAGCUGCAGCUGGGGAGACACCAGAAGGACGGGACCAUGUGGUUGCCAUCAGCUCUGCUGCUCUUCUCUGUCCCAGGCUCUUUGUCUCUGAGUGGCCCCAGCACCGUGAUGGGCACCGUGGGGGGAUCCCUGGGCGUGCAGUGUCGGUACGAGGAGAAAUACAAGACUUUUACCAAAUACUGGUGCCGGCAACCAUGCCUGCCACUUUGGAACCAGCUUGUGGCCACCGGACAGUCUGAGGAAGAGAUGAGGAGUGGCCGCGUGUCCAUCGUGGACCAUUCUGGAGACCUCACCUUCACUGUGACCUUGGAGAACCUCACUGCAGCUGACGCAGGAAAGUACAGGUGCGGGAUCGCAACAAUAAUGCACGAAGAAGGACUCCAUGGAUUCCUGCCUGACCUCUUUUUCCAGGUUCAAGUGUUUGUGUCCCCCAGGUCAUCACCCGACUAUUCCAUGCCCCCACCCACCUCCCCUCUGAAACCCUCAGUUUGUCCCUGCUCAGCAACAUCUACUUCCUGUUUCCUGGUCUUCCUGGAGGUGCCCGUGCUUCUGAGCAUGCUCAGUGCUGUCCUCUGGGUGAACAGGCCUCAGGGGCUCUGGGUGGAGGUCGAAUCAGCUGGAUAAUGAAAACCAGCAAGACCAGUUUUCCACUGAUGACCCGCCCGGGAAUACAGCCCAUCUGGUGGAUGGGAAUGGCCUUCUGACCAAUACAUCCAGCCAUUGUCCAUAUUUCUAUCAGAAUACUCUCUCAACUUUUUUUGUAACUUUCCCUGCAAUGUAUUAUAGACACAAAGAUUGUUCCCAAUAAAUGCAUACUCCUUAAACCCCGAA